AUGGGAGACAACGUCAAUCCCAAUGCCGGCGGGGGUGCGAGUGCGGGUGCGAAUGCAAACGGUCAGGGUGGUACUACUACUACCACCACCACCACCACCACCACCACGGCACAAUACCCGGAUAUAGCCAAAUCUCGAAUCCUACUGAAUGCAUUCGACAUGAGCACCGUCGGCCACCUUUCCCCGGGACAGUGGAAGAACCCCAAGGACCGGUCGGCGACCAAGCGGGACCUGCAGUACUGGAUCGACCUCGCCCUCCUGCUGGAGCGAGGCGGCAUCAACGCCCUGUUCCUCGCCGACACGUACGGCGGCUACGACACGUACGAGGAUUCCCUGGACAACUGCAUCCGUCGAGCGGCGCAGUGGCCCAUGACGGACCCGACCAUCCCCAUCUCCGCCAUGGCGGCCGUGACCAAGAACCUCGCGUUCGGCAUCACGGCGUCGACGUCGUUUGAGCCUCCGUUCUUGCUGGCGAAGCGGUUCUCGACCCUCGACCACCUCACCAGGGGAAGGAUAGGGUGGAACAUCGUCACGUCGUGGAAGAAGGCCGCCUUCAAGGCCAUAGGCAUCGAUACGCCGAUCGACCAUGACGAGAGGUAUUUGCAGGCCGACGAGUACCUUAGGGUUCUGUACAAACUCUGGGAAGGUUCGUGGGCAGACGACGCGCUAAACCCAGACCCGGAGAACGACACUUACGUCGACCCGGACAAGGUACGGACCAUCCACCACCACGGCAAAUACUUGAACCUCGACACGCGACACAUCGUCGACCCGUCGCCUCAGCGCACACCAUUCUUGUUCCAGGCCGGCACGUCGCCCGCGGGAAGUGAAUUCGCCGCCACGCACGCCGAGGCCAUCUUCGUGUCGUCGCACUCGCCCAAGGUGUUGCGCCCCAAGAUCGACAAGAUCAGACAGCUGGCGGCGAGCAAGGGCCGCGACCCACGCUCGCUCAAGUUCUUCGGCACGUUCACACCCAUCGUGGGCAGGACGGACGAAGAAGCGCGCGAGAAGCACGAGGAGCUGAAGAAGUACGCCUCGGUCAUCGGCGGCUUGGUCCUUUUCAGCGGCUGGACGGGCAUCGACAUCUCGAAAAUCCCCAUCGACCAAGACAUCACGGCCGACGAUUCCAAGGAGGCGCACAAGGUCACGAGCAUGCUCGACGCCUUCACCACGACGAGCCCCGACGUGCCCAGGUGGACGCCCCGCGUCGUCGCGGAAAAGGCGGCGAUCGGCGGCCUGGGCCCCGUGGGAAUCGGCAGCCCGGCCAAGGUGGCCGACGAGAUGGAGCGGUGGAUCCGUGAGGCCGACCUCGACGGCUUCAAUCUCGCCUACGUCACCACCCCGGGCACGUUCGAGGACGUGGUGGAUCUGUUGAUCCCGGAGUUGAGGAGGAGAGGACUGUAUCCCGAAACGCCCGAGGACGGACUUACUGCGAGGGAAAAAAUCUAUGGGAAGGGCCAAAAGGGGAUCAGGGACGAUCAUGCCGCUGCCGCGUACAAGUACGAUGUGUACAAGGAGGAUGAACCGUACGUUGAGCCUCGAAAUGGGGCGGCCGCGGGGGAUGAUGGGAAACCUGAAGAGGUCAAGGCGGGAUGA